ACGUCCAGGCAAACCCAACACACCUGAGCGCCCGGCCCAGUCAAGUUCUGAUCCUAGGUUAGCCGGCUUCCCAACACAGACCUGGCUCCACUAAUGCUCCUAUCUAACGGAACUGAUCGAUAACUGUGUGUGAUAGAACGAAGAAUUUCUGAAGUUGUCAGCUGUUCGAUCAGCCUGAGACAUUAAUCUUCUAUUAAUCACGCAAGAAAUGUGGACAUACUAAUUUCUAUCAUGACCAAGAAGCCAGAAGUUGAGGAAACCAAACGAAACAGGAGUGAAUUCGUACUGGACUUUUUCUGUCGCUGGGCAGUUUGUGAUAAUACCCCUAGAGAAGUGCGGGGAGCCAUUGCAUGGGAGACCAAGAGUCACACAGACUCUCUGAAGCUAUAGAAAGAUACUUUGUCCUACGUCAGGUGUGAGGAAUAGGGAAACUCAUAAUUAAGUCAUGGAUACCACAGCGAGGCUUUUAGUGUGCAUCUGGUUUCUGUCGAUGAGCUGUGAAUCGUCAUCUGGAAGCGAGGUGUAUGUCUCUGAUCAUUAUGGCAACACUGCAUUCACGAAUGGAACCAUCAAGUACGUGAGGCCUCUUCCAGUGGGGAACGCUACCUACUCCACCAUUUUGGACUACGAUGACAAAGGCUUGAAGUUGUUGUAUGGGUUCGCUCGCAGCUUUGUUCAAGACAUACAGCCGGCGUCGUUUCCUUUCGAUAUUGCUGAAGAAAUUGCGCAGAGUAAUUUUGUGCUGGAGGACGACUACACUAAGAUUAUUGAACACUUUUCUGGCAUAGCGGCCUGUGUCGUCAUUGGAGUUGUGUUUGCUGUGGUGUUUUUAAUAGCAGGUAUUAGUUUUUGCUGCUGUCGAUGCUGCUGUGGCAACUGUGGUGGGGAUGAAGUUCAGGAGUUCAAAGGCAACGAAGGAUGUAUGAGAAUGGGCCUCACACAAGCUCUCAUUCUAAUGACAGCUUGCAUGGUGUCGGCUGCUGUGUGUGUUUACGUCACCGACGACCGUUUUACCUCCGCCCUGGAGUUCACCAACAAUACAGUGGUCAGCAACAUUGAUGACGUCGACAGGUUUUUGAAGAAUACAGUAGAUCUGCCAGAUCUGACCUCUGUACAAGUGGAAGUGAACAAUCUUCUGACAGUUAACUUCACGGAAAUAGCUCAGCAGGCGUUGAACGACCUGGGGAAAAUGUCGGACAAGAUUGAUUCUUUCUCGACUGACGUCAAAACAGGAGUGAACACUUCGCUGAUGGCAUACUACAACCUGAUACACAGUCUGUCAGAUGGAUCUAUAAGGAAAUUAGCGGAGGCGUUUCCUGCGGAAGAUUUGAAAGAAAGCACGACAAGUAUUUUUGACACGGUAGAAAAAUACGACGUAUACAGACGAUGGUUUGGGUUUGCACUGACCACCGUCUUUGUGAUCAUCGUGGUGCUCCUGCUGCUGGGAGUCUUCCUGGGUGUCGUCUGCUACGACAGGACAGCGCUGCCCACCGAGAGGAGCAGAGGAUCAAAUUGUGGCGGGAAUCUACUGCUUGGAGCAAUCGUGGUGAUGUUUAUUGUGGGUUUUCUACUCACGGUCCUGGCGACCCCUGUGUUCCUGUUUGGCUCCAUGUUGGAAAAAUGCUGUGAACCGUUGGAGGACCUCACCAUUUUCAAAAAUUUUUUAGAUGAAGGGAAAGUACCAGAUUACUCGUUAUCAAAGAUCACAAUCGGCGUCACCUCAAUAGACCUCAAAGGAUAUGACGUUUUAAUAGGAUGCCGAGCCAAUAAGACUCCCUGGACUGUGCUCAAACUGGGAGAAAUUAUUCCACUGGAGGACUACCUGAAAUAUAUAAAUUUCGUAGGCGACCUUGGCCAGGAGCUGCUCAAACUCCAGUCAAUCGACAUCAGCAUGUACAAAGUGCUCACCAACAACAUGCAGACUGCCUUAGCACAGAUCAGCAACAUUGGCCUCGAUCAGAUAAAUUUCAACGAGAUCUAUGCAGUAUCGAGCCUUCCCGUAGUGUCUUUUGACACUAAUUCCCUGCUGACCACAAUGACCGCCGCGGCAGACUCCUGUAGUGGUGUGACAAAGACUCGUUGGAAUUAUCAUAUCUCCAUAUUCCAAGCAACCCAGAUAAACGAGAUGGUCUCUGUGAGUGAUGCUGCAAUUGCAGUCAAUUCGAGUGCUGGAGACUUGCAACUAGCCGGAAAUAUUGUCUUGAACCUGCAGUCUACCAUCUUGUCAAGUGCCAGUCAAGCAGAUUUCCAGAUGCAGAACAAUAUGACGGGAGUUCUGAUAGAGGGAUCCCUAGGACUGCUGGGACGAAUAUUUUCAACUCUGGACGGGUAUGUCACUGAAGUGCUGUAUAUGAUCUACAACGAGUUUGGAAACUGCCGACCUGUGUGGAACAUAUACAAGUCUGUCUCGGUUGUAAUUUGUGACUACGGAGUUGAUGUUUUUAACGGCUAUUGGUUCAGUAUCGGCUGGGGCUUGUUCUUCUUCGCACCAAUAAUUGUGGUGGGCACCAAGUUGUCUAAACAUUACAAGAUCAUGGAGGAGGCCGAAGGGUACAAGGA